AUGAGCUUCCUUUCGCGUGUGGUCACAUUAUUUGGCCUUGCUCUACUAGUUCACGCAGGCUACUCCGCCCACGAACACACCGUCCUUUUUAGCAACACCAACAUCGCCGCCAUCGCGACGCUACCGAGUGACAUCGUCGUCGAGACUCUGGCCGCGGUCCUAGCCGUCUCAAUUGGGCUGGUGCUGGGCGCAGAGAAACUGAAGCCCAUUAGCUGGCGCGACUGGGCGGGCGAGAUCGAGCGGGACGGUGGUGCGCGGAACCCGUACAUGGGAUUGGAGGAGCGGUUUGGAUUCUGGGAUAUUCGGGCCAAGCGGAAGGAGUUUGCAGACUGGGUCCGGGGUCCGGAUGUGCUAAAGGAGUAA